CACACACCCUAAACGGUGGAUUUUGAUCACAAAUCACAAUUCCCCACUAUUCUCACUCACAUGGUGACGACCCCCAAAUUGGCCAAAGGUCAGAGGGUGGAUCUCCUGUGUUGUAUCAUGUAAUGGAAGGAAGAGGCGCGUGUUGUGUUGGGGGGUUGGGUGCGCAGCUUACCAAGCACGGCGCACAUUAGCCACCUCUCACGCCAUGCCCACACCACACCCACACCCUCCCCCACCUAAGCGGUGGCCUCAUCUAUUGUGUCUCCUAGAGAUCUCAAAAUCAGCCGCACACUCCUCCCUCCCACCACCCAAACCCAACCCAACACCACUCUUUAACCCCACCAUUUACCCCCCCAAAUAUGUCACCAAACACCACUUUCUCCACCACCACCAUCCCCCCAAGUCAAAAACCCCCACUCCCUCCUCUCUCUCUCUGUCCCCCCCUUUCUCUCUCCUCCUUAUCCUCCUCCACCUUACCCUACCCGCACCACCUCUUGCUAUCGUGCGCCGCCUCCCUUAUCCUUCAUCACCGCCCCCUCCCUAACCAAUCCCUCUCCUCAUCAAAGACCUAGUCUUCUCUCCCCUUUAUCCCCUCACCACCACCACCACCACACCCGCCGCCACUAACCUACGCCUCCUCUCUUAUCCUUCACCUCCACCAUUCAUUAUUCUCCCCAAAAUCCCAUAUCCCCAGAUCCGCAAUCCAUGGCUUCUCCUGCACCUUCUCCUCCCGACUCCUCCCCUCCUCCGCCGGGCCCACCGCAGGCCAUCCCCCUCGCUCUUCCCGCUCCACCGCUGCCAUCGCAGCCGCAGACGCCGCCGCCGCCUCCUUCUUCCUCCUCCCAACCCCAGCCCCAAUCUCAAUCCCAACCGCCGCCGCCGUCCUCGUCCUCCUCCCGCCGCCUCCCGCCGCCGUGCUGGUCUCCCGAUGAGACGGCGGCCCUGAUCGACUCCUACCGUGACAAAUGGUACUCCCUCCGCCGCGGAAAUCUCAAGGCCACACACUGGCAGGAGGUCGCCGAAGCCGUCGCCGCCCGCUGCCCCACCGCCUCUCCGGCCAAGACCGCCGUCCAGUGCCGCCAUAAAAUGGAGAAACUCCGGAAGCGCUACCGCACGGAGCUCCAGCGUGCCAGAUCCAUGCCGGUCUCCAGGUUCAAUUCUUCCUGGGUUCACUUCAAGCGCAUGGAUGCCAUGGAGAAAGGCCCUUCCUCUGUUAAGCCCGAGAACUCCGACAGCCCCGUUGACGAUGAUGAUCAUGAUAACGAUAAUUAUGGGGAUGACGACGAAGACCCGGAUCAGCGACUCUACGAAGAGUUGAGAUUCGGGUCGAAUUCGAAGAAUAUGGGUAAUUUGUAUAGGAAUGGUGGCGGCGGCGGGUUUAGAAUCAGAAUUCCAACCGGGGUGAGCAUAGCACAGCCUGGUACGAAGUUUAUUCCGAAAUUCGAUCAGAAGGGAAAUUCGGGUUCGAAUUCGGGGGUGAAUUUUGGAACAAAGGUGGUGAAGGAGUGCAGCUCGGGGAGGGCGAGCGGUUUGGGAAAGAGGGAGAGGGAGAGGGAUCCGGUGGGUGAGAUGGUGUCGGCGAUAAAGGCGCUGGGGGAGGGUUUCGUGAGGAUGGAGCAGAUGAAGAUGGAGAUGGCGAGGGAGAUCGAGACGAUUCGGAUGGAGAUGGAGAUGAAGCGAACCGAGAUGAUCCUCGACUCUCAGCAGCGGAUCGUUGAGGCGUUUGCCAAGGCCAUGUCUGACAAGAAGAAGAAGAAGCUUAACAAGAGAAUGCCCUCUCCUGAGGCUUAGCUUCAGUUUGCACGUGUUUUUCUGAUUGGCAAUUCAAUUCCCAAGAUUUUCUUUUCAAGGAUUUUUUGACUUUUGGUAUGUGAAGAUGCAUCGUAUGGAGUUGGACUCUGUCUCUCUCUCUCUCUCUCUCUGGGUAGAAGCAAAACCAGUGGGAUUUGGCCUAGAUCUUAUUAGAUUAUGCAGAUAUAUCUUAGAUUUGGUUCUAGUAGUAACUUCUUGUUUGAAGUUUAAUUUCGUGCCACUCUUUUGUUCCAAUGGUUUUUUUUUUUUUUUUUUGUAAGCAUUAGGAUGGAUUAUGUUGCAAAUUUGAUCGGUUUAGCUUUUGCUUUUGUUUUUGUUUUUGGACCGAGUAUAGGUUUAAAAACUAGUCUCAUCUGGUGGUGGAAUGGAAAUAUGUUAAAUUCUAGUCUAGUGUUAGAUCUGUAUUCUACAGCUAAUCUUGUUGGAGGCAGAAAGACCAAAAUUUAGUUAUGAGACCUUUUUAUUUCCA